CAUGCGAAAGUUUAAUAAAAAAAAGAGCACGCGAAAGUUUAAUAAAAAAAAGAGUACGCGAAAGGGUUGACUUAUCAGACGAUAAGCUUGAAUGUUUACGGUAUUGGCCAUCUGAUACUAAAAUUGAUGAUACAAUUAGUACAAGUUACAAAAAAGCUAUUCAUUUAGCAAGAUAUUUAGAAAUAACUGCCACACCAAAAGAUGCUUACUAUUUUAAUAUUCAUAAAAAAUUUCCUACUUCACUUGAAGACUUUUGGGAUGGCGAUUCAGAUCUUGAAGCUUAUAAUAAUAAAAAAUUUAAUACGGAUAGUUUGUCUGUUUCUCAAAGUAUUAAUUAUGCAGUAUCUGAAAUGAAUAUAACUCAAGAAGAGUUUAAUUCAGGCUCAAGAACAGAAACCCUGAUAGAAAAAAGUUAUGAGGUUUGUCAAGUAAUCGUAGAACAAAUUCAAAA